AUGGUCAAUAUUUCUGAUUUCUUUGGUAAAAAUAAGAAAUCUGUAAGAUCGUCAACAUCCAGACCUAUAGGACAAGCAGGUGCGUCUAAACCGGAAGUUAUCGAUUUAGAUAAUGAAUCUGACCAAGAAUCAAAUGAUAAAACGCCAAAGAAGGCGCCUUCGAGUAAGGUAAUUGAUAUAUCAGAGACACCUGAAGCAGAAAAAAAGUUUCCUCUUCCCGCAAAGAGGAAGGCCUCUUCAUCAGUUGUGAAGCCACCGAGUUCAAAAAAACAAAAACCUCCCUCUAAAGUUUCAGACUCUCCUUCAAACAUUACGGCUCAAGAUAUACUAGACAAAAUCCCAUCCUUGGAUCUAUCAAGUGUUCACGUGAAAGAGAAUGUUAAGUUUGAUUUCAAAAGCGCAAAUUCAAAUGCAGAUCCAAACGAAAUUGCUUCUGAAAUAGGUAAUUUUCCUGAAGGAAAGCCUAAUUGUUUGUUAGGCCUAACGAUUGUCUUUACAGGCAUCCUGCCAACCUUAGAGCGUGGCGCUUCUGAAGCUUUAGCGAAAAGAUACGGUGCGAGGGUUACUAAAUCAAUUUCAAGCAAAACUUCUGUGGUAGUCCUAGGUGAUGAAGCAGGACCAAAAAAACUAGAAAAAAUCAAGCAAUUAAAAAUCAAAGCCAUAGACGAAGAAGGUUUUAAGCAGUUGAUUGCUGGAAUGCCUGCUGAAGGUGGUGACGGGGAAGCUGCUGAAAAAGCACGUCGAAAACUAGAAGAACAGCAUCAUAUUGCUACUAAAGAAGCAGAAUUACUGGUCAAGAAAGAAAAAGAAAGGGCGAAGAAGCUCGCUACGUCUAAAAUUUCUGGCGGUCAUCCUCAGAAAGACAAUGAGGUUAGGGAAGAAGAUAAAUUGUGGACUGUGAAGUACGCACCAACAAAUCUGCAACAGGUCUGUGGUAACAAAGGAAGCGUAUCCAAAUUGAAAAACUGGUUAGCUAAUUGGGAAAAUUCAAAGAAAAAUGGAUUUAAACACGCCGGUAAAGAUGGUUCUGGAGUUUUUAGGGCGGCGAUGUUAUAUGGUCCUCCUGGUAUCGGGAAAACAACCGCUGCUCAUUUAGUUGCACAAGAGCUUGGGUAUGACAUUCUUGAGCAAAACGCCUCUGAUGUUCGCUCUAAAACUUUACUUAAUGCUGGUGUCAAAAACGCUCUUGAUAAUAUGUCUGUGGUAGGUUAUUUCAAACACAACGAGGAGGCGCAAAAUUUGAACGGAAAGCACUUCGUCAUCAUUAUGGAUGAGGUUGAUGGUAUGAGCGGAGGCGAUAGGGGAGGGGUUGGCCAGCUGGCUCAAUUUUGUCGUAAGACGUCAACUCCGCUGAUUCUAAUUUGCAAUGAACGUAAUUUACCGAAAAUGAGGCCCUUUGAUAGAGUGUGUCUUGAUAUCCAAUUUAGAAGACCUGAUGCUAAUAGUAUUAAAUCAAGAUUAAUGACAAUUGCUAUUAGAGAGAAGUUCAAACUUGAUCCAAAUGUCAUUGACAGACUGAUACAGACUACAAGAGGUGAUAUCCGCCAGGUUAUUAAUCUACUUUCAACGAUAUCUACAACCACAAAAAACAUUAAUCACGAAAAUAUCAACGAGAUCUCAAAGGCAUGGGAGAAGAAUAUUGCCCUAAAGCCUUUUGACAUUGCCCAUAAAAUGUUAGAUGGACAGAUAUACUCAGACAUAGGUUCAAAGAACUUUACACUAAAUGAUAAGAUCGCAUUAUAUUUUGAUGACUUUGAUUUCACACCCUUAAUGAUUCAGGAAAACUACUUAUCUACAAGACCAAGCGUUUUGAAAGCUGGCCAAUCACAUUUAGAAGCUGUUGCUGAAGCGGCUGACUGCAUUUCAUUGGGUGAUAUUGUCGAAAGGAAGAUUCGUAGCAGUGAGCAAUUAUGGAGUCUUUUGCCUUUGCAUGCUGUUCUUUCAUCUGUUUAUCCAGCGUCAAAAGUUGCUGGACAUAUGGCAGGAAGAAUCAAUUUCACUACUUGGUUGGGCCAAAAUUCCAAAUCUGGUAAAUAUUAUAGGUUACUGCAAGAGGUACAUUAUCACACAAGACUAGGUACAUCCACCGAUAAAAUUGGGCUAAGGCUGGAUUAUCUGCCAACUUUUAGAAAAAGAUUAUUAGAUCCAUUUUUGAAGCAAGGUGCUGAUGCAAUUACAUCUGUCAUAGGGGUAAUGGAUGAUUACUAUUUGACCAAAGAAGAUUGGGAUUCUAUUAUGGAGUUUUUUGUGGGCCCCGAUGUGACCACUGCAGUUAUCAAAAAGAUACCAACUGCUGUUAAAAGUGGAUUCACCCGAAAAUACAACAGUAUGACACAUCCAGUCGCAAUUUACAGAACAGGUAGUACUAUAGGUGGUGGUGCUGUUGGCACCAGUACUAGUACCCCUGACUUCGAAGAUGUCGUCGACGCGGAUGACAACCCAGUCCCUGCAGAUGAUGAAGAAACGCAAGACAGUGGCACAGACCUAAAGAAGGAUAAACUUAUCAAGCAGAAAACUAAACCUACGAAGAGGAAGACCGCCAACAGUAAAACUGGCAGUAGCAAAAAAAGGAAAACGAAAGCAUGA